UUUAAAAUCGACCAUUUGAUUCAAAUUACGAACACAAAAUUUUUAAUUAAAGACGCACACAAUUCAAUUGGAAAUCACUCAACGACGCAGACGAUAAAAGGAAUCACUCUCAUACACAUACACACAAAACCAAUCAUCAAAAACUCCAAGGAAACAAAACAUAAAAUAAUAACAAUAAAUAAUUACACUUUCAAACUCAUAUCAAACAAACGAUAAUAAAGACACUGAAAGACGGCAGCAAAGCAAUUGUAGAGUAAAAUAACAACGACAUCAGACCGGUGGAAAACAAAUCAGCGCUCGGUUCGAAAAUAGAAAAUUCAUUUGAAAAACGAAAAUUAAACACCACAAAAAGCGAAGCAUAGCAAGAGAGAGCCAAAGAAAAGGAGGCGAACGUGAAAAAGACAGAGAACAAACGACCGUAUGGUAUUUAUUUGGUUGAGAAUUUAGUUUGCGUGUUGUUCGUCAUUGCUUGCACCGUCGAGUUGAUGACGGCACAAGACGAUGUGUACAUUUGUUUGUCUCUACCCAAAUGAAAAAGGAACCAAACGAACAACAACAAGACGAACACGGCUCGAUUCAUUGCCGUGAACAAAGUGAAAUUGAAAAAAAAUAACACGCACACACACUCUCACUUAUAAUGCAUAAAAAACCAUAGCAAACAAGGAAAUAAUGUAUGAGCGCUACAAAAAUUGAAAAAAAAAAAAAACAUAUACAGAAAAACCACAGUAAAAACACGAAGAGAAACGCGCGCGCCAUUCAAAUAAAAAAAAAACCAAUACUAAACUAUAAGAAAUAACGUCGGUAAAAAAUCAAUUGAAAUCGAACGAUAAAAAAUGUGUCUGCCGUCUAAAUCGAAAUAAAAUUCAUAGACUGAAUCGAAGAAUAAAUAUAACAUUUCUAUAAUAUUAGAAUUUAUUAUUGCUUAAGGCAAUUGUAUAACGUUUAUUAGUCGAAAUUGCAACAAGCAUUUAAAAAUAAUCAAAUAAAUAAGACAAAUCAACGGUGCACAUUUCAUUUUUGUCUCGUGCACCAUCGAAGUUCGGUGGAACUUUUUUAAAAAUAAAGAGAAAAAAAAACGGGCAAAUUUGUGCGUGUAUACAAUUGGUGCGUGUUCAUAUAUGUUCGAGUGUCCAUUUGUUUAUUUACUUACGAAAUAAAUACACAGAAGAAACAACAACAACAAAAAUAUACAGACAACAAGUGACCAUAACAACGCAAAAAUGUUUGUCAACGUCGGGAUCAUACUGCUACAAGCAAUGCUGAUGAUUUUUACGAUGCAUGUCAACGUGUAUGGAGCCGUAUCGGAAGUCAUAGCUGAUCCAAAGUUUAGUGGGCCAAUUCUGAAUGCCACUGUUGCCGUUGGACGUGAUGCCAUCCUCACAUGCACUGUUGAGGAUUUGGGUCAAUACAAAGUAACAUGGCUGAGGGUCGACACUCAAACGAUAUUGACAAUUCAAAAUCAUGUGAUCACAAAAAAUCAUCGCAUCAGCAUAUUGCACUCAGAGCAUAAGACUUGGCAAUUGAAAAUUAAAGAUAUUCGAGAAACAGAUCGUGGAUUUUAUAUGUGCCAGAUGAACACUGACCCGAUGAAGUCACAACAGGGAUUUCUCAAUGUUGUAGUGCCCCCCGACAUUCUGGAUUUUCCGACGUCAACCGAUAUGGUCGUUAAUGAGAACAGUAAUAUUACGUUGAUAUGCGAAGCAAAAGGUUCGCCGAAGCCAAACAUAACGUGGAAACGAGAAGGACCCACAGCCAACCAUCCAGCAGUUGUAUUUGCGGAAGGACCAAUAUUGCCCAUACCACGUGUUGAUCGUACUAUGAUGGGUUGCUAUUUAUGCAUAGCAUCCAAUGGUGUGCCGCCGAGUGUUAGUAAACGAAUAACAUUGAUUGUACACUUUUCGCCGAUGAUCUCGAUUCAGAAUCAAUUAGUCGGCGCUUACGAAGGGCAAAGUGUUUCGUUGCACUGUAGCACAGAAGCUUAUCCGAAAUCAAUCAAUUACUGGACAUUUUCAAAUAACAACAACAUGAAUAGUAACAACAACAUUCUCGUGUCAGGUGGAAAUUUUGAAUCGAUACUCAAUGAGAGUACGUAUAAAAUAGACAUGACGCUUCGCAUCAAAGCGAUUGGUCCAAACGACUUUGGUUCGUACAAAUGUGUAGCAAAGAAUUCCCUCGGCGAAACGGACAGCACAAUUAAACUCUACAAAAUUCCGAAAAAUACUAUAAAUUCGAUUGACACACCGGAGAAACCGUACAGAGGGAAAGCUCGCAAAGGAAAUAAUAAUUAUGAGUCUAACGAUAUUGCUGAUGAUGACCCCGAAAAUGCAAAAGAUUUAAUGCGUGAUGAACGAAAUGGUCAUAGCAUCGUAAUGUCAUCAAACGCAUUGCGAAUGUGUUCGAUAUCAGUGGAAACGAUGGUAUUUGUGUCAACAUUAUCGACGACGCUUUUAUCGAUGGUUCGGACAACCACAUCAUCACUUUGAUAUCAAUGAAUAAUGUCGCUUUCGAUUGGUAUGAAUUAUUGAAUCGGAAAUUUGCGGUGUACAAAAAAACAACAACUAAACCCAAUCAAUGAAUUCAUUGAACGUCAUUUAGAUAUCACCAUCAAUUCAAAAUAUCCAAUGCACUAAUGCAAAAUAAAAGCGCCACACGAUUGCAGUUGUAAACGCCCGUAGCUGUAUGAUGAAUAAAUAUUUAAUAAAUAAAAAACUGGACCGCAUUCAACAAUGUCAACAAUUGAAAUGCGUUGUUGUUGUUUUUUCUUCUUGAACAUGUGAAAAAUUAAUUCCAUAGAUGCAAAAAAAUAUAUAGUAUAAUAGAGAGCAUAUUGUUAAUACCUGUUAAUUUAACAUAGGAACUGAUGUAGAGAGAACGUAUGUGCUAAGCUAUAUUUAGUAUAAUAAACAAUCGAAUUAAACUAAACCAACACACAAAAAAACCAUAUGACAAACAAACCAUUGUAAAUAGGAAAAUAAAAUGAAAAUUUAAUUAUAACUGUGUAUAUUUCCAGAAAUUGUCGUGCUUACAAUAAAUUCCGUUGAAUCUGAUCAUAACGUGUUAAUUAUUGAGUGCAACUAAAUGAAUGUGCAAUUCAUGCAGACAUGUUGCGACAGCAGCACUCUAUUCAUUUUUUUUUAAUUAACACAAUAACACAUAAAGUUAAAUUGAAGAGAAAAAAAGAUAUAAAAAAUUCAAAGAACUGAGAUAAAUUCGAUAUAUUUUUAAAACUAGGUUAAAAGUUCAUUUAUCUCAUUAUUUGUUUUAGUUGAUUUCUAUUUCAGAUAUGAAAUUUUAGAGGUGACAAAACUACAUAGUUCAACAAUAAUUUAUGUAUUACAAUAAAAACAGCUUUAUGUGGAUGUUUGACUUCCUCCGCGUAAAAAGCUUUCAAGUGUCAAACGAUUCAUAUAUUCAAUGAACACAUCAAAAUUGAUAAUUAUGCACUACCCUUGUGGAAAAUUACUGACUGACUAGUCAAUAAACUAAUUUGGCACGUUUUUGGCUAAAGCCAACUGAGAUUGAAGUUGUUUUAAGUUGAUUUGGCUGAUUUUUCAGUCAAUAUUAGUAGAGAAAAAUACAACUUAAUUCAACUUCAAUCGCAGUUGACUAUAUAGACAAAAACGUCCCAAAUUAGUCAUCUGUUUAAAAUGACAUACAUAAACGACUUAAGUCGACAGGGUAGACAACUUCAGUUAACAAAAUUCAAUUUCAGUCGAUUUCAACCUAACCAGUCAGUCAGUCACUUUUUUCCAUACGGGUAAGAGGUGGAUGAUCUAUUUCUGUCGUAUUAUUAUCGAUCUUUUCAAUUUAGUUAUAAAGCAAAAAUAAAAAUCAUAACAUAUCUGACAAAAACAAAUAUCUAUAUAUGUAAACUACUAGAUACUACAGUGAACUCUUUUUGAUGAAACUAUCAAAGCCUCUGCCCUUUUGUACAAUUUACUUAACAAUACAAAAUACACACAUAAAUUGCACUGUUUAGACUUGCGUCCCUAUUAAGCGACUGUAACCAAUGAUUUUGAAUUUAUCGGCUAGAAAAUGGCAAUGUAGUCGAUUGUCGCAACAAAAUACACAACAGCUUGAACGUUUAUUGCAUGAAUUAUGCAAUAAGUAACCAUUAUGAGAUAUAUUGCAUUGUAAAAUGAUUAUUGAUUUCCCAAAUGCAGAAAACAAAUAAAACCAUUAAGUAACAAAG